AUGAUGAUCUUAAGGCUGGCUCUCGCCACUGUCCUCUCCGCCUACGUAGCAGCACAAUCAGCCUCACCAACGUCGUCGCUCGUAACCUACAUAUUUGGAGACUCUUUAACUGAAGUUGGUAACAACAAUUAUUUGCGAAAUUCGCUUGCGAGAUCAGACUUUCCAUGGUAUGGGAUUGAUUUCUCCGGCGGCCAAGCCACCGGAAGAUUCACUAACGGACGGACUAUAGGCGAUAUCAUAUCUACCAAGCUUGGGAUUCCAUCGCCACCACCAUAUCUAUCGUUAUCGUUAUCAAGAAAUGACGACGCAUUUCUCAGUGGUAUCAAUUACGCAUCCGGAGGAGCUGGAAUUCUCAACGAAACUGGCCUUUAUUUCAUUCAAAGGUUGACGUUUGAUGAUCAAAUAAACUGUUUCAAGAAAACUAAAGAAGUUAUUAGGGCGAAAAUCGGAGAUAGAGCUGCGAACAAGCAUGUAAAUGGUGCCUUGUACUUCAUUGGCUUAGGAAGCAACGAUUAUGUGAACAAUUUCUUGCAGCCAUUUAUGGUUGAUGGGCAACAAUAUACACAUGACGAGUUUGUCGAACUCCUGAUCUCAACCCUAAACAAUCAACUUACGACGAUAUACAAAUUAGGAGGGAGGAAGGUAAUAUUUCAUGGACUAGGUCCAUUGGGAUGUAUUCCAUCGCAGAGAGUGAAGUCAAAGUCAGGCAUGUGCCUGAAGCGUGUCAACGAAUGGGUAAUGGAAUUCAACACAAGAACGCAGAAGCUUUUAGUAGAUCUCAACAAACGACUUCCCGGAGCUAAAUUCGCCUUCGCCGACACUUAUCCCGCCGUUCUCGAUCUCAUCGACAAUCCCACUCACUACGGGUUUAAGGUAGCGAACACGUCGUGUUGCAACGUGGACACAAGCGUUGGAGGUCUUUGUCUUCCCAAUUCCAAGAUGUGUAAAAACCGCAAAGACUUUGUCUUCUGGGAUGCAUUUCAUCCGUCCGAUUCAGCUAAUCAAAUCCUAGCCGAUCAGCUUUUCUCUUCUCUUCUCGCUUCUUCCCCUUCUCCUUCUCCCUCUCCUGCUCCUAAAUCGCCAUCAGCAUAA